CCCAGUCUGAACCGGUUUCAACCGGUUGCGAGUUAGUUGCUUGAGAGAGGAGAGGAGGCGCAGGCACACAACCUCUACACCGCCCCGCUGGAAAAACUAUUAGAGUAACGAAUUAAUUAGUGAAUCAAGGUUUACUUUGUUUCGUAAAAUGUAUCGGAGUGACAAAUUGCUGGGUUUGUCGUGAUAGUAGUUUUGGAAUCCACAUCAGUGGUUCUUACCAGCCAGACAUCACUCACUACUGGAGCUGGAGAUAGUCAACGCUGCAGAAAUAGGAAAUCUUUCUAAUCAACAGUGAUACUGAAGUACUCACUAUAUCUUGUAGCUUCUUUGGCAAACGCCACUCUUUUCAGUCAGAGCCUUGGACUUUAGAUCUCUAUGCCAGCAAUUAUGACAAUGUUAGCAGACCAUGCAGCACAGCAGCUGCUGGACUUCAACCAGAAACUGGAUAUCAACCUGCUGGAUAAUGUGGUGAACUGUCUAUAUCAUGGGGUGGGACCACAGCAAAGAAUGGCACAGGAAGUGUUGACACACUUAAAAGAGCACCCGGAUGCCUGGACAAGAGUGGACACCAUCCUUGAGUUCUCCCAGAACAUGAACACCAAAUACUAUGCUCUUCAGAUUCUGGAAACGGUUAUCAAAACAAGAUGGAAAAUUCUUCCCAGGAAUCAGUGUGAAGGUAUAAAAAAGUAUGUUGUUGGUCUCAUUAUCAAGACUUCAUCAGAUGCAUCAAAUGUGGAGAAAGAAAAGGUGUACAUUGGAAAGCUGAACAUGAUCCUUGUUCAGAUCCUGAAGCAGGAGUGGCCCAAGCACUGGCCCACCUUCAUCAGUGACAUUGUGGGGGCAAGUCGUACCAGCGAAAGCCUUUGUCAAAACAACAUGGUCAUUCUCAAGCUGCUCAGUGAGGAGGUCUUUGACUUCUCCAGUGGCCAGAUGACCCAGGUCAAGGCCAAGCACCUUAAAGACAGCAUGUGCAAUGAAUUCUCGCAGAUAUUCCAGCUUUGCCAGUUUGUUAUGGAAAAUUCCCAGAAUGCCCCUCUGGUCCACGCCACUCUGGAGACCCUCCUACGUUUUCUCAACUGGAUUCCUCUGGGAUACAUCUUUGAAACUAAACUGAUCAGCACAUUGGUGUAUAAGUUCUUGAAUGUGCCCAUGUUUCGCAAUGUGACGCUGAAGUGCCUCACAGAGAUUGCUGGUGUGAGUGUCAGCCAGUAUGAGGAACAGUUUGUCACACUCUUCACUCUGACCAUGUGUCAACUCAAACAGAUGCUGCCUCUGAACACCAACAUAAGACUGGCCUACUCCAACGGGAAAGAUGAUGAGCAGAACUUCAUCCAGAACCUCAGUCUGUUCCUCUGUACUUUCCUUAAAGAGCACGGGCAACUCAUUGAGAAGCGGCUCAACCUCAGAGAGACAUUAAUGGAGGCCCUCCAUUACAUGCUUCUGGUGUCAGAAGUGGAGGAGACUGAGAUCUUUAAAAUUUGUCUGGAGUAUUGGAACCACUUGGCUGCUGAGCUCUACAGAGAGAGUCCCUUCUCAACAUCCACGUCCCCUCUGCUCUCCGGCAACCAGCACUUUGACGUGCCACCACGCAGGCAGCUCUAUCUGCCUGUGCUCUCCAAGGUGCGUCUGCUGAUGGUAAGUCGGAUGGCCAAGCCGGAGGAGGUACUGGUGGUGGAGAAUGACCAGGGAGAGGUGGUCAGAGAGUUCAUGAAGGACACAGAUUCCAUCAACCUCUACAAGAACAUGAGGGAAACCCUUGCCGAGAAAUGGGAGAGAAACGAGAAGAAGCGUGUAAAAGAAGAAGAUAACGAGGAUGAUGAGGAUGACGAGGAUGACGAGAAAGAGUGUUGGCGGUGUUUUAGUGAUCCAUCUCUUGCGCUGCUUCCUGUAGCUGAGCUCAGCACUGAAAUCUGCCGCCUGUCUCUGAGCCCCGACCUUUGCCCUAAUGCAGCGGAUAAGGAAGUGUCAGUGGGAACCGGCAGGGUCAGCAUUCAGCGGGCGGCUCUGGCCAUCAUAGAACACUACUACUGUGACUUCCCAGUCCAUAACCCUGCGUUGCUUUCCGCCUCCAAGUCCCGCGCUGCCAAGCACCUGGCCGGCCUCAAGGUUUACAAUGUGGAUGGUGAGUCCCCAGCAGCUCAUGCUGAGGUCACUGGCUCCACACUGUCCAGUUCCAUCCCCACCACCGAGUUGGCCUUCCUCACCAGCUUGCCCAGAUUGUUGGCACCACAAGAAAUGAUGCCACCUCCCCAGCACACCACAGUGAAGAAGAUGACACUGGCCACUACAGACUGGUAG